CUGGUUACUCUUUUCCCCCAAAAUCACCGCUUCUUCUCCCUCCAUCUCUCUCCUUCUUCUUCAUCGUUCCACAAAACCGCCGCCGCCGCCACCGCCAAACCACCAACUCUGUCUCUCUUUCUCUAUCUCGUAGCAGUAACUCUCUGUUGAGUAAGACAAGAUGGUGCUAGCAGAGGAGGAAAUCACCAGGCUUUUCAGAGUUCGAAAAACUGUGUUACAAAUGCUUAAAGACCGAGGCUACUUCGUUGGAGACUUUGAGGUUGACAUGUCCAGAGAGCAAUUUAAGAAUAAAUAUGGUGAAAGCAUGAAACGAGAAGAUAUCGUGAUCAACAAAGCGAAGAGAAAUGAUAGCUCUGAUCAGAUAUACAUUUUCUUUCCAGAAGAACCGAAGGUUGGUGUCAAGACAAUGAAAACGUAUACCAACCGCAUGAAAUCGGAGAAUGUUUUUAGAGCAAUAUUGGUCGUUCAACAGAAUUUGACCCCUUUCGCUCGCACCUGCAUAAGUGAAAUAUCUACCAAAUUCCACUUGGAAGUUUUCCAGGAAGCAGAAUUGCUAGUUAAUAUCAAAGAUCACGUUCUUGUUCCUGAGCACCAGUUACUUUCCAACGAAGAGAAAAAGACACUAUUGGAACGAUAUACCGUGAAAGAAACACAGCUACCGCGCAUACAGGUGACCGACCCAGUUGCGAGAUACUACGGGCUAAAGCGGGGACAAGUUGUGAAGAUCAUCAGACCAAGUGAGACUGCAGGAAGAUAUGUAACUUACAGAUAUGUUGUCUGAGUAUAAUUAUUAUUUUGCAACCGAAGAUGUAACAUAUAAAUGCACAUUGAACUCAUCUUUUCAAGUCUUCAUCACUUUGGGAACUUUUGUAUUUGGAAUUUGAAUAGGAAUAUUUAUUUAUUUUUAUUUAAGGGUACUUUUGUAAA